CUGUGGAAGCUCCUGGUUAACCUGCCAUGUGAAUACCUACUAUCUGAAGUAGAUUACCUAGGUGACAUUGGUAGCUGUAUCAGGAUCUGUCAAUCUUCUGGGAAGGACAGGUUGAAUGCCAGACACUCCUAUUGCAAAAGCUGCUGUUGAAAAGAAACAAUUUUUUUUAUAAGAAGAGAAUGGAUGGAGAAGAGAAAACGUAUGGUGGGUGUGAGGGCCCAGAUGCUAUGUAUGUGAAGUUAAUAUCCUCCGAUGGCCACGAAUUCAUUGUAAAAAGAGAGCAUGCAUUAACAUCAGGAACAAUAAAAGCUAUGCUGAGUGGACCAGGUCAAUUUGCAGAAAAUGAAACAAAUGAGGUGAAUUUUAGAGAGAUCCCAUCCCAUGUCCUAUCCAAAGUAUGCAUGUAUUUCACCUACAAGGUCCGCUAUACUAACAGCUCGACGGAGAUUCCUGAAUUCCCAAUUGCACCUGAAAUUGCACUGGAACUUCUGAUGGCUGCAAACUUCUUAGAUUGUUAAAUAAAAUAAAUUAUAAAAAAAAAUGUAAAACUUUUUUCAGUAUUUAAUACAUGUAGUUCAGUUAGUAACUUUUUUCAGAUAGCAUGUUGCGUGUGUGCUAUUGAGAACUGUAAAGUUCACUGCAGAGGCAAUUGCCUUCAGUCCUUUUGCAUAUAGCAAUCAUUCAGUUGAAGUUUGUUUUGCUGCUUACACAACUAAGGAACUUUUCACAAACUGAGACAAAUAAACAAAUAUGCCAAUUA